ACAGGCCGAUCAUGAUAUAAAACCAAUAACUGUCCACCAGAUAACGAUUCACGUGUCAAAACACUGUCUUGUACAUCUAUAUAUCGAACACUAUCAAAAGAUACAUUUUCAUAUCAAUUUCUUCUUUAAUUGGUUUACAGAUGAACCCUUGCAAUGACCACACCGGAGCUGCUAUGAUACGGACGUGCAACAACUUGUGAGUGUUCACGCGAGUCAGGACACAGAGUGAUACGGAGUAUAAGCUUGUGUGGUGAAUUGCUAUGCAGGAGUUCUAGGAAAGGGGGGAAACCCAAAUCGUGUAUUGGAGGAUAGGUGACCUGUACUGUGCGAGAAGAAUUCGUGGAGGAGUCCCACAGGCUUAUAGCCGGGUGCUGACGCUCGGGCCGUUCAGCUGGCACUGGAACACUAUCACAACAGGACACUGCAUCUUGCAUAAACAAACGUAGCAUGGGGACCUCCGAGAUUUUAAGUGGACCUUUGUGUAAAUUGAGAAGAAGGGACGUUACAAAUUUUAUUAUUACUAUCUUUAGGAUUUUCCUUGUUUUAAAUACAUUGACAGGACUGACCUAUUCGCGACAUACGUGGGAAAGGCCCGGCUGUUAUAAAGUAGCUGACGACAGAACAGUGCGAAUACCGGACUGUCUACAGUUUAACGUAACGACAAACGCAUGUAGAGGAUUCUGUGUAUCGUACGCUAUUCCGUCCUCGGCGAGGACACGUCUUCGAAAUCCUAGCCAUAUCAUCACCUCUCGAUCAGAGUGCUGCAGUAUAGAAGAAACUUACGAUAUAACAGUACAUGUACGCUGUAUCGACGGAAUUAGAGAAGUGGUAUUUAAAUCAGCAAAAAAAUGUGCCUGUUCAAUAUGCCGGCAAGGAUGAUGACGUCAAUAGGAACAUUGUGCGCGCGCAGGCUUAGCCAGGACAUGUGACUGAUAUCUGUGAUCUCCGACCCGCGAAUAUUCUAUUUUUACUCAAAUGCAUAUUUUAGACAGAAAGGCAUUUGUAAAAUUAUAUUUCUAGUAAUAAUCUGCGUAGUGUUGCUUAUACAGAAGGAAGGCUUGAAUAGUGAAUAUAUCAAUAUCAAAUGCAAAAAUGAAUGACAAUGUGCUUAAUUAGAAAGGAUUAGAGGUGUUCCGAUCAACUGUUAGACACAGUUUUAUGUAACAAGCGGCUUGAGUUUUACAUAAAUGAAUGGAAAAAACAGGGAGCAAAAUCAAUUUCUUUUAUCACAAUGUGGUGUUUCUGAAAAUUUUCUUUUUAAAUCACUCUCUUCUCAUGGUUGAUUUAUGUAGUUUGGCAAAACAAGCCGAGAAUCAGAGAGCUCAAGACUCGCGUUAUUAAGCUUUCGGGAAAGUGACCUAAAUAGCUUUAAUGAGAGAAUUAAAAGAAUGUUCCCAUUAUCUUACGUUAGAGGACUGGUGAGGAGGAAGUGGAAACUGCGCAUUGAUAUAUGCGCUAGAACAACAAAAUCUUGUACAUAUUUACAUUCAUCUGCUCAUGACCAUUUUUUCCAUUAUAUUUAAUGUUAUUUUGAUCUGUUACUAAGUUAUAGUACUACAUGUAUAUUUUUUGAAAUAAUAAAUUAAUC